AAUCAGCUUCCGUAAACACCGCUCGCUAAAAAAUGUAUUGCGGCAAAGUAAUUUCACUGUUUUGGUUCUGUUUUCUGUUGGGAGGCAUUUGGGCUCAGGAUGUUAUACCAGAGCCACCAGAAGAUGUUAGGCCAACGGAGCCCACGACAACAACAACAACAUAUGCCACAAGAACUUCUACAACAAAAUCCACGACAACUACAACAACGGAACACACCACAACCACUACAACAACGGAACAGAUCAGGACUUCAACCACACAAAGGCCUCCCUUUGAACAACCCACUCGGACAACCGAGAUUCCUGGGGUGUGGAUGCAACCGCUAGAAAGAUGCUUUCUGAGAAAUCAGAUGGAGUAUAAUACUUGCUGGCCAGUCCCACCGAGGGCCGCUUGUUAUCGCUGCUGCUACUACUACGACAGCCAUAUCACCGAAUGUAGUAAGCUUCACCAAGGGCCUUGUGUGCGGUAUGAUUAUAGCAAACUGAAAGUACACGUAAAUUGGAAGCAAGUAUUGUAAAAAGAAAUUAAGCAGGAACAGAAAUAAAAUGCAUAAAAUGAAAUGCUGU